UUGAUGACUCUUGCAUCUUGUUCGGAAGUUCAAAUUUCCUAACUCAAAACAAAUCCAAAAAUAUGGUGCCACGCCAGUGUGACAGUCGUACCAUUUGAUUGUUAUAGGUUACAAAAGGAAUCGUGGUAAUAGUUGAAAAAUUAAAAAAAUACUUUAGUCAUUUUAUUUUCCGUACAUAAUUUUCCAAACGCCAUAAGGUAUAUAAAGACUCUAGACCUUGGCGAAACUUAUGUUCGAUGAGAUAUUUUCGUAUUUGAAUUUGUGAAUAUGACUGAAUCAGCUGAGGAUUUCCACGUACUCGAUGAAGAAGAGUCAGAAUUCGAACCUUCUCUCAGGAAUGUAGUCGAGCAACGAUCCUUGAAAUGGAUUUUCGUGGGCGGAAAGGGUGGAGUUGGAAAAACGACUUGCAGCUGUUCUUUAGCAGUACAAUUGUCAAAAGUUCGUGAAAAUGUUCUCAUCAUCUCUACGGAUCCAGCGCACAACAUUUCUGAUGCAUUUGAUCAAAAAUUCAGUAAAGUGCCAACAAAGGUUAAAGGUUUCGAAAACUUAUUUGCAAUGGAAAUCGAUCCUAACGUUGGUGUCACCGAACUGCCCGACGAAUAUUUUGAAAACGAGUUAGGCGCCUUAGGUGGAGAAGCAAUGCGUUUAAGUAGGAGUGUAAUUCAAGAUAUUGUUGGAUCCUUUCCUGGAAUUGAUGAAGCAAUGAGUUAUGCAGAAGUUAUGAAAUUAGUUAAAGGUAUGAAUUUUUCGGUCGUUGUUUUUGACACUGCUCCAACGGGUCACACUCUGAGGUUACUCUCAUUUCCACAAGUUGUCGAGAAAGGUUUAGGGAAAUUAAUGCGACUACGAAUGAAAAUCAGUCCCUUCAUUACCCAGAUAAGCUCUCUUUUGGGCAUGACAGAUUUCAAUAUAGACACUUUUUCGAAUAAAAUGGAGGAAAUGUUGACAAUUAUUCGUCAAGUAAAUGAACAGUUUAAAGAUCCGGAGCAAACGACAUUCGUUUGCGUUUGUAUAGCCGAAUUUUUAUCUCUCUACGAAACUGAGAGGCUGGUCCAAGAAUUAACGAAAUGUGGAAUUGACACUCACAAUAUUCUAGUUAAUCAACUAUUGUUUUUGAGGGAAGGUGAAGUGCCUUGCAGAUUGUGCCGCGCAAGACGUAAAAUCCAGGACAAAUAUUUAGAUCAGAUAAUGGAUCUGUAUGAAGACUUUCACGUAACAAAAUUACCUUUGCUGGAAAGAGAGGUUCGUGGUGUGCAGCAAGUGAAAGAAUUUUCUGAAAAUUUGAUCAAGCCUUACAAACCAUAAUUCUAACGUAAUUCGCCAAUUUGUCUGGUAAGAGACGUCCUUCUACAAUAGCAUAAUCUGUUAUUUUAUAUAUUUUAAUACAAAUUGUUAUAAAACUUUAUACAAUUUAAAGUUUUCUGCAUGAAACUUUUGGUAAAUAAAAAUAGGGAUGUAUAUUUAUUAAUAAAGUUGAAUAGAAUUCAUAGCAAGCUUAAAAAA